GACAGCAGAAGAAGCGCUCUCCCAUCCAUACAUGAGCAAUAUUCGUUUCCGAUGGAUGAGCCAAUUUCAAGUCAUCCUUUCCAUAUUGAAGAUGAAGUUGAUGAUAUUUUGCUUAUGGAUGAAACUCACAGUCACAUUUAUAAUUGGGAAAGGUACCAUGAUUGUCAGUUUUCAGAGCAUGACUGGCCCAUACAUAACAAUUUUGAUAUUGAUGAAGUUCAGCUUGACCCAAGGGCUCUGUCCGAUGUAACUGAUGAAGAAGAAGUACAAGUCGAUCCUCGAAAAUACUUGGAUGGAGAUCGUGAGAAGUAUUUGGAGGAUCCUGCCUUUGAUACCAGUUACUCUACUGAGCCUUGUUGGCAGUACUCAGACCAUCAUGAAAACAAAUAUUGUGAUUUGGAAUGUAGCCAUACUUGUAACUACAAAAUGAGGUCAUCAUCAUAUUUAGAUAACUUAGUUUGGAGAGAGAGUGAAGUUAACCAUUACUAUGAACCCAAACUUAUUAUAGAUCUUUCCAAUUGGAAGGAGCAAAGCAAAGAAAAACCUGAUAAGAGAGGCAAGUCAAAAUGUGAAAGGAAUGGAUUGGUUAAAGCUCAGAUAGCUCUGGAGGAAGCAUCCCAGCAACUGGCUGAAAAAGAAAGGGAAAAGAAUCAGGGGUUUGACUUUGAUUCUUUCAUUGCAGGAACGAUUCAGCUCAGUUCACAGCAUGAGCCAUCUGAUGUUGUGGAUAAGUUAAAUGACUUGAAUAGCUCAGUGUCCCAGCUAGAACUGAAAAGCUUGAUAUCAAAGUCAGUAAGCCAAGAAAAACAGGAAAAAGGAAUGGCCAAUUUGGCUCAAUUAGAAGCCUUAUACCAAUCUUCCUGGGAUAGCCAGUUUGUGGGUGGUGGGGAGGACUGUUUUCUGAUAAAUCAGUUUUGUUGUGAGGUGAGGAAAGACGAACAGGUUGAGAAGGAAAACACUUACACCACUUACUUGGACAAGUUCUUUAGCAGGAAAGAAGAUGCCGAAAUGCUAGAAACUGAGCCAGUGGAGGAGGGAAAGCUGGGGGAGAGAGGGAAUGAGGAAGGGUUUCUGAGCCACGGCGGGGAGUUCCUUUUUAACAAGCAGCUCGAGUCCAUAGGUAUCCCGCAGUUUCACAGCCCCGUGGGCUCACCACUCAAGUCAAUCCAGGCCACGUUAACACCUUCUGCUAUGAAAGCUUCCCCUCAGAUUCCUCAUAAGACAUACAGCAGCAUUCUGAAACAUCUGAACUAAAACACUCAGCAGACAUUUCUCUCUGUAUUCUUCAUGAAGUGUGUUUUGUCUUUUAUUAUUAGUGUUUAAGUCAUUUUUUUUUAACUUGAAUCAGAUGGUGUCAUUUAGAAAGGAUUUUAUUAGUUUUUGGUUUUUAAAAUCCAAACUUUUUUUCUACACGUGAGAUGGUUUUCAUUUUAACUGGCAUGUCGUUUGCACACAAAAUUAAGAUAGAGCAAAAUAAUGCAAUGCAGGAGGAGACAAAAGAAAUGCACUAAGACAAAUUAAAUAACAACAUUCUCUCAUAGAACAAUGAUCUGUUUUACAGGAAACAAAAAUCUUGCCUUGAAAUUUACACAGUGAGACUGUACAUAAUUGCAUGGAAAUAUCUAUUUUUUUCCUAAAGCAUUUUUCAUUCAUGAGUAUUUUCAAGUUUUUCAUACUGUACACAUUUCUUAAAACACAUGAUACCAGCAGCAACUGAAAAUGAAUGCCGAGUUUGGUACACAUGUGUUAUCUACCUCAAGGUAACAAAAGUAUGUGGCAAAACAUAUACCACCCAUAGUGCUUCACAAUAUGCACUUCUAUUUAGCCAGCGUUUAUUAGAGUAAACUCUUCUUAAGAUUCACUCACCGUUUAUACAUGUUCUGGUAUGCGUUCUUUUAUAGUGAAGUGUUACUACAUCACCUCUUAUUUAUUUUAGCAAAUCCAGUAUAUUUUCUGUAUUUAAUUAUUAAAAAGUUAACUUAGUUUUUGAAAUUAUUUGCAAAUACACUUUUUCCAUUUGGCACUAUGGUUUGUUGUUGCCUACGUGGCUGAUAAUAGAAUGUCAGCUCUUACUAAGGCUGUCCGCGUACUUAAUUUACAUAAUACCCAUUUUAAGUAAAGUGCUCACUGUGUAUAGGAAUUUGUAUUUUGGAGGUGCUUGAUCUAUCUACAAAGAAAAAUUAGGAAUUACUUUAUUAUAAAAUGCUCCUAGAAGUCUUAAUUGUGUUUAUUUUUUAAAGAAAUAAAACCUGUAAUGUUAGAUGUGUGCAUGGAAGUAAUUAAGGUACAUCAUUAUUGUAGUUUAAAAGUUGUACAUGAUAAGACGUUUUGUUUUUACUGUAUGUUUUUACUGAAUGAUCUAUUCCCCAUCCCAAGGCAAGCAUGAAUAAAAUUAGGUUAAAUGUA